AUGAACGCUGUGGAGAGUUUGAGAUCUCGAUGGAAAAGUUCUGGAUUCUGUGAAGCCCUCGUACUUCGUAAGAGCUCGCACGCUAAUAGUAUCAGUAUAGAUUGGAUUAAAACACUGGGCUAUCAACUGCUUAGCCGAAGCUACUUACAUUUCAUCUACUUCGAAAUGCGGGUCCUUGUAGAGAGCCCACUCAAGAAGCCCAGCUGCGACAUUCGUCAGAAUGCAAACAUCUCUCUCCACACCCUCUACGAAACAACGAAGAAGACUCAAAGCACCUCCAAGCGACGACCCAAGAAGUAUCGCGCGGUCGAACGCUCCGACGGUGUCAUUGUUGAACAUCCUCGUUAUCGCCCCGCAGCUUCAUCACAAAAACCAGUAUCACAAUCAUACCCGCAGAGAGCUCUUCUGCUUGACCACACGUUUUUAUCCAAAGAGAUGGGAGACGCGAAGUCUAGCAGGAUGAUGUAUGACUUGCUAGGCGUUGGGGGUUCCGGGAGCAAUGAAGUACAUGGAAGGCAUUGCGAUACUACAGAUAUAGGAAGGAGAGGCUUCUAUGGAGCGGAAAAUCACCAGUGGACGUUUGUUGGGAUUGAAAUGUAUACCUCUGAACGGCGGGGUCUUGUCGAAUCAGAUCCAAUUGAUCGUUUUCUCUGUGAAUCAGGGCCAUGGAGCUCAUAUUCUCGAAGAGAGGAGGAAACCUAG